AAGAUUUGGUUGGUUGGAUGGUUGGGCUCUCUCCCAACUCCCAAGAGAGAGAGAGAGAAGAGAGAUCUCUCUAGGAGGAUCUCUAUACAUCUGUUCGUUGGUCUGUGAGAAGCGGACAAACCAAAGAAAAGAAAGAACAAGAGGUGACAUGGGUGGAUUCAGAGAGUUCGGUGGUGAUGAGCAUUCCUCCUCCUCCUCAAACCUAUUCCACUCCGUGACGGCCAUAGUCAUCUGGCUUGGCUCCGUCCACUUGAACGUCGCUAUCGUUAUCUCUUCCCUCAUUUUCCUUCCCCCUUCUCUCUCCCUCCUGGUAUUGGGUCUGCUCUUUCUCUUAAUCUUCAUCCCCAUCGAUGAUCGUAGCAAAUACGGUCGAAUGCUCGCUAGGUACAUAUGUAAACACGCGUGUAGUUAUUUCCCCGUUACUCUCCAUGUCGAGGAUUACGAAGCUUUCCAGCCUACUCGUGCCUAUGUUUUUGGUUAUGAACCACAUUCGGUGUGGCCUAUUGGAGCUGUUGCACUUGCUGAUCUUACGGGGUUCAUGCCUCUUCCUAACAUCAAAGUUCUUGCUAGUACUGCUGUUUUCUACACACCCUUUCUGAGGCAAAUAUGGACGUGGUUAGGGCUCGCCCCUGCUUCUAGGAAGAAUUUCGCUUCCUAUUUGGACUCUGGCUAUAGUUGUAUCCUCGUACCUGGUGGUGUCCAGGAGACAUUUCACAUGAAACAUGAUGUUGAGAACUUAUUCCUUUCAUCGAGAAGGGGGUUUGUGCGCAUCGCCAUGGAGCAUGGGACACCUCUGGUUCCAGUUUUCUGCUUUGGUCAGUCACGAGUGUACAAGUGGUGGAAGCCGGAUUGGAACCUUUACCUUAAAUUAUCAAGAGCCAUCAAGUUUACUCCCAUCUGUUUCUGGGGUGUUUUUGGAUCCCCAAUACCAUUUCGACACCCUCUGCAUGUAGUGGUUGGGAAACCAAUAGAAGUUAGAAAAACUCUGCAGCCAACUGAUGAAGAGAUUGCCAAGGUACAUGGACAGUUUGUGGAAGCGCUUAAGGAUCUCUUUGAGAGGCACAAGGCCAGAGCAGGCUUCUCUGAUCUGCAGUUGAAUAUUCUUUGAAUCAACUUGUCAAAAAUGGUUUUGUGUAAUAUCCUGAAUCAUUUGUCGUUAACUUGGAGGUGGCUUUGGAUUUACCUAUACUUUUGUAUCAACUUUGGAUUAUAAAGAUCCAUUUACUCUA